CCAGAGUUGGAUCCCAGAGGCCACAGAUGCGAGUAUCCUUGCGGGAGUCGGUGUCGCGGCCCAGGCAGGAUCGUUCGCGGUACAGCUGUAACUGUCUCAACAAAGAUCAGUGAUGAGAAUUGUUGUUGUUAACAAGAUCCCUCCAAGUUGAACAUGAGAGGAAAUGACUGGGACCCCUUCUGUUCUGACAAGAUAAGGAAUACAGCAUUCUCCAGCUACGUGUAAUGGCACCUCUCUGAGAUCCGUCACUUGUCAUGCACCCCACCAGGAACAUGGAUGCUGGCUUCACCCGCUCCGCUCUUCAGACCCUGUCCCGAAGCCACUGCAGAAACAUCAAACAGAAGAUCUCCCAGUGGGAAGGAAGGGCUAACGGUGUGGCUAAGCCAGCUAGGUCUCACCCGAAGGACUUUGGAGUGAGGUAUAAUAACUGCCACGCAGCGUUUCCUCCUCACAAGCCUCCAUCUGGUGAUGGAAGGAGCGACUGUCAGAAUGGGGCUUUACCACCCAGGGGUGCAGAUGCCAAAAGCCACGGUCACAGUGAGCGUGAAGGCGAGCAGCGAGAGUGUAAAGACGCCCACCCCUCAGAAACUGGACCGGACUCCAACUGGGUGUGUGCUCGGGUCAAGCAGAUUGAAAGCCGCAAGGACGUCGCUGUGGAUCCAGAGGCUUCGUUACCUCCGGGAAACUUCUAUACCUCACAGAUACUGUGGAAAAGAAUAGAAGCGCUUCCCUCGGAGAAAGUCUUAAAUUUGGCUUUAGCACCUUGUGACUCUACAGAAAAAGAACCGAGUUUCAGAGUUCUGGAUAGUUCUUAUGGAAUAACCAAGAGCUUGGAAAAUAUUUAUUGUGAACCCGAGGGUCAAGAAUACGGCCCCUCUAUAAAUCCUUUGCCCAAACCCCGUAGGACAUUCAGGUAUUUGUCUGAAUCUGGCGGUGUGCCAUAUAAAGAAAGAAACUGUGACCCCAAGUACUGUGAGAAGAGUUCCUGUGCAGAGGCUUCUUUGGCCUCUUCUCAGGAUCCCGAGCCAAAGAAAUACGGUGGGAAGAUCAGAGGGAGAUCCAAGAGGAAAUCCUUUGAAUUUGAAGACAUUCAGCACUUUCGGAACUCACGGAAGAUUCAUGAAGAACUCGGGAGAAACGCUGGUUCCGCACUCUAUUACACACAGUCUGAGGAUAACAUCUACGAGGAUAUCAUAUAUCCAGCCAAGGAAAAUCCCUACGAAGAUAUUCCAGUGCAGCCGUUCCCCAUGUGGAGAUCGCCGUCAGCAUGGAGGCUGCCGCCUGCUAAGAGUGCCUUCAGAACACCCAAGCUUCCUCCCAAGCCCCAGUUCCUUCAGCGGAAGACUAUGGACCUGAAGAACUCUCAAGCGUACUUGCGGUCCAAGCUCACAAAGGACACCACCUUACCUGUCACCUUAACCGAGUGGAAGCUUUUCCGAGCUGGAGAAGUGGCUAACAGGAAGGCGAGGAAUCUCCCAAGGCUUGUUUUGAAAAUAAAUGAUACUUUUGAAUCUAAGAGAGGGAAGAAGAGGGUAAAGUUACAGCCUUACACCGGAAAAGAAGCUCCCUCCUCCAAAGGUGAAACGAGUGGGAACGAGAGUGAUGCCGAGAACCUGCCAAAGAAUCGUCACAAGCGCUUGGCACAGCUGCAGCAGCCCUGCAAGAGGAACCCCCACUACCAGACCCUGGAGCGGGAUCUCAUCGAACUGCAGGAGCAGCAGCUCUUUGAGCUCUUCGUGGUGGUUUCCCUGCAGAAGAAGGCGUCAGGGACAAACUACGUCCCCCAGGUCAUACAACAGUUCCCCAGCAAGGGUGAUCACAGCUACAAGCAAUCCAAAGACACGGAAGAGAGGCUCAAAGUCAUCCCCAAAUUUUGUUUUCCUGAUUCAAAGAACUGGGUGCCCACCUCAGAACUGAAGAGUGAAACAUUCUCCUUCGUAUUGACUGGUGAGGAUGGAAGUCGGUGGUUUGGUUACUGUAAGAAGCUUUUGCCAGAAGGCAAAGGAAAGCGGCUCCCUGAGGUGUACUGCAUGGUCAGUCGCUUAGGCUGCUUCAAUCUUUUCUCAAAGAUCCUGGAUGAAGUAGAAAAGAGAAGAGAAAUGUCUCCAGCCCUUGUUUACCCGUUCAUGCGAAGUGUCAUGGAAGCCCCGUUCCCAGCUCCCGGGCGCACCAUCACAGUUAAAAGCUACCUCCCUGGGGCUGGAGAUGGGUCUGUUGAACUCUGCCGACCACUCGAUUCACGACUGGAACAUGUGGAUUUUGAGUGUCUCUUCAAGUGCUUGAGUGUGUGUCAUCUCAUCCGGGUCUGUGCCUCUCUCCUUUUAGAGCGGAGGGUAAUCUUUGUUGCCAACAGCCUAAGCACCCUGUCAAAGUGUGGCCACGCUGUGGUAGCUACGCUGUACCCAUUCACCUGGCAGCACACGUACAUCCCUGUGUUACCAGCGUCCAUGAUUGACAUAGUGUGCUCCCCUACGCCAUUUCUUAUUGGAAUCUUGUCUUGUUCCUUACCCCACCUCCAGGACCUUCCCAUUGAAGAGGUGCUGAUCGUUGAUCUCUGUGCGGACAAGUUCCUGCAGGAGGUAUCUGACGAGGAUGAAAUCCUGCCGCCUAAACUUCAAGCUGCCCUGGUCCAGAUUCUGGAAGACCGAGAUGAAGUCUUGGCCCAGGAGCAGCAGUUUUCACAAGAUGUGACACUCAAUUCUCUGGUGUCUGAAGCGUUUGUGAGGUUUUUUGUGGAGCUCGUAGGACAUUAUUCUCUGAAUAUGACUGUCACAGAGCGCGGGGAGCGUGUUUUCCUGAGGGAGCCUUUCCGAAAGUCCCACACUUCUCGGAGUGUUCGCCACUUUCUAGAUCUCUUCAUGGAGACACAGAUGUUUGCGGGAUUUGUCCAGGACCGGGAGCUUCGGCAAAGCGGAGUUAAAGGUUUAUUUGAAGUCCGGGCUCUCCAGUAUUUGGAAACAAUUCCUGAGUCGGAACCCAGUGGGGUGAAUAGAAUUUUGCGGAGUCUUGGAAGCAAAAUGAGAUUUCUCCACAAGAAGUGAAUGUGUCUUCAUUCUAAACACAAUGGAAAGUGCCAAAGACAGCAUGUCUCCAGGGGUCUGGACGCACUGAAGAGUCCUGCAGAGUCCUUGAGAUUGUGGAAGGAGAAAGGCUGCAGACCAACCUGAGAGCCAGUGCGCUCUCUUCUGCUUCUAACUUGGGGACUUUUCAUUUGGUUGGUUGGUUGGUUGGUUGGUUGGUUGGUUGGUUGGUUGGUUGGUUGGUCGGUCGGUUGGUUGGUUAGUUGGUUAGUUGGUUGGUUGGUUUUGUUUUCUGAGACAGGGUCUCUAUGUAGCCCUGGGUGUCCUGGAACUCACUCUGUAGACCAGACUGGCCUCAAACUCACAGAGAUCUGCCUUUCUAUGACUCCCAAGUGCUGGGAUUAAAGGCAAGUAUCACCAUGCCUAGCCAAAUUAUUUUUACUGUGGUGUUUCUCUUUGGUUAUUGGUGGCUACAAGAAGCUCAUUUUGUGCUUAGUCUAUGAAAGCAGUCGUUUCGUACAAGAAAAACACUUGGAAAUACUUGGUGUUGCAUUUUUGAGAACAAUGCAGAGAUGAGACUAAGAGAAAAAUGCUGAGUUCCAGGCGCAAGAGAGACUUGGUCGAAAGGGAGAGCAUUGGGUACACCUUACACGGUUCUUCUCAGGAGAGCAUCGAACUGCUUUAACCAGGGGCUGCUUGGACUUUCAGAUUCCAGUGUUCCCAUCGUUGAUAACCCCCUUUUGUCCCAUGGCCUAUCUUAGAGAAUUUCACUCAUGUUAGUACCUUAAAAAGGCAGACACCAUGCUGGUCCUCAUCACCAUGGGUCCUGCAGAGUAGCUCGCCUCUCGCCUGUCAGCGUUCUUACACUGUGUGGAAUAGAGCCAAUGUGAAGAUGUCCCUUCGAGGACGUAAGCUACCUGUUUGUUGGCUUCUGGUGUUCACAAUUUUCUGCACUGUGGUACAUUUCCAUAUGUCAUUUUAUUCAAGUCUUCCAUCAGCUUCGUGAUAUUUUGCAAGAAACUGGAGUUCCGAAAAGUUAAGUGAUUUGGCCAGUUAUGCGCUUCAGACAGAGCUAAGCAAAAACACUUGACUUACAAACACAGAGAAAGCUAGUGAGUCCUACAGAUGGAAGCUGGGGCUCUUUAGUGUUAUAGCAAUGUUUAACAUUCUCCAUGGAGUAUCCCAGAGCAGCCUCUAAGCUUUGUUGGGACUUCAAGCUCUGGGUGUCUUCAUGAGACACUUCUUUGUCUGUCUUUGGUGCUGGGAAUAGAACCCAGGGCUUGCUGUGUGCUGUGCCCCAUUGAUUAUUCUUACGUUGUUGUAAGUUUUUGUUCUAAUUAGACUCAGUAUUUCCUAAGCCUAUACCUCUUCAUCAUCCAGAUGCUGAAAAUCUAAAGUGUGACUAGUGCCUGGGAAAAAGGAGUUUGUCAAUGAAGGCGUGAUUUUCAUUGAUAGAUGAUCAUUGUUGUGGCAAAUGUCAGUUGUUUUCCUUGGGCUUUGCUAAUGGCGUUCCCUAGAAUGGAAAAGAUUCACUCAGACUAAAGUGCUGUACAUUGUGCUGGGCUAGGACUGACUGUCCAGUCCUGUCACGACUACCCAUCCAUGCGUGUCUGAAUGAAUGCAGGCAGGCUGGUGCCAUGCAGUAUGGUUCCUAAGUAUGGGUCCAGGGAAAGAACUGGGCCUGUGUCUUUAAAUGUUGGUGCCUCUUCUCACACUCCGGUUCUGAAGGAGCCAUUGGUUGUUUGAGAUGGGAAUAGGAGGGUUUGCUGUGGUUGAUCUUGGCUGUGCCUUGGGGAGAAGAAUCUUACUUCUUAUAAUCUAAAGCUGCUUCCUUUCCUUGAGUUUGUCGUGUGUUGUUUUUGUAAAGUGUUGUGAAUAUUGGACAUGUUUGUAAAAAGAAUUGUUCAAGAUUUCUAUCAAAUGUUUACAGAUCUUUUAAUGAAUAAAGACAUUUUAAAAGUC